UGAAAUUGCAGAUUUGAACAGUGUAUCGAAUCUCUAAGACCACUUCAGUUCAGUCAGCCAGGAAAAAGUUUGCACAAUCGUCUGGAAAGCAUUAGUGAGAGAGGUGCUCGUUGUUUACAGUAACCUGAAUCUAGGAAACCAUUUCUGGUAAGAAUUAUAAAGAGGAGCAAACAUUUAGCAAAACGGGCAAAAGUCAUGAAACAAGAAAUGAACAUUCAAAUCAUGUUUGCUUUUUUAUGUUGCUCGGUUGUCAUUUCCAAUGCGGCCAUGGUCCCUCCAGGCUACAAAGUCACAGUUUUACAUGGUAAUCAUCGAAAGCAUUAUGCAGUACGAACAGAAGAUGGGAAAGAAUGCAAGUUCCCGUUCCGAUAUGGUGGGAGUGUUUAUCACAGCUGCAUUUCAAAUGUCUUCUCUCAGAAACGAUGGUGUGCUACUACACAUAACUUUGACAGAGAUCGCCAGUGGGGUUAUUGUGGCUCUCCAGCUGAAAACAUACAUGAUUUCUGUGAAGAGAACCCAUGUCGAAAUGGUGGCUUCUGUACCAAUAUCCCACAUUCACACUCAUUUAAAUGCAUCUGCAAAGAAGAAUUUACUGGAAAGACCUGUAACCAGGUGAAAUGCUAUGACCAGAGGCACCUCAGGUACUACAACACUGGAGAAACGUGGGGGAGAAUACACAAUGGCAAAGUGGAGCAGUGCACCUGUACCAAAAGCCUGAUCGUGUGCCAGCCUGUAAGAUAUACAGAAUGUUCCACCAACCCUUGCCAACAUGAAGGAACGUGCAGAUUGAUUGUUUCCACCGGCGAGCCCGUCUGUUUCUGCAGACCAGGGUUUGCUGGGCCACACUGCAGCCUUACCCCGGAGGCAGACUGCUAUCAAAACAAUGGAACAGAUUAUAGAGGCAUUGCCCAGAUCACUAUCUCAGGCAGUACCUGCUUACCCUGGAACUCAGACAUCCUGGGAGAAGAGCUUCACGUGGAGAGUGUGAACAAACGCCAUGCGCUGGGUUUAGGAGCACAUGCAUUCUGCAGGAACCCAGAUGAAGAUGAGAUGCCCUGGUGUUACGUAAUGAAGGAAACAGAGAUAUCCUGGGAGUACUGCAACAUUCUACCGUGUGUCAAAGGUCUUCAACUUUUUGUUUUUCCAGCUAUGGUAAUGUACAGGGAUCCAAUCAAGUCCUUGCCAACUGUCCCAAAGCCUAAGCCUGCCCCAGUCUGUGGAAAGAGACACAAGAAGAGAACUCAGAGGGGAAGGAUCAUCGGUGGGAGUUCAGCCUUGCCUGGCUUUCACCCCUGGCUGGCAGCCAUAUAUAUUGGCAACACCUUCUGUUCAGGGACCCUGAUCAGGCCUUGUUGGGUGGUCUCCGCAGCGCACUGCUUUGCCAGCAACCCCCUGAAAUCCAGUGUUGGAAUUGUUUUGGGUCAGCAUUACUUCAACGACACAGGCCGGAAUGCUGUGUCAUUUGAAAUUGAAAAAUACAUCUUUUAUGAUCAGUAUUCAGUAUUUAAUCCCACUCAACAUGAUAUUGUUCUGAUUAAGCUGAAGAAGAAAAACAAGGAAUGUGCUAGACGGUCCCAAUUUGUACAACCUUUGUGCUUGCCAGAAAACGACCUUACCUUUCCAGACCAUCACUACUGUCACAUUGCCGGCUGGGGACACAUGGAUGAGCAGAAGGGGAUAAAUUAUGCAGAUCAUUUACAGGAAACAAUAGUUCCCCUUGUGCCUUUUGAACAGUGCAGUAGCCCAGAAGUGUAUGGCACAGAAGUCACUUCAAAUAUGUUGUGUGCGGGAUACCUUACAGACUGUAGGAGAGACGCUUGCCAGGGAGACUCGGGAGGCCCGCUGGCCUGUGAACGGGAUGGCAUCUCUUACCUGUAUGGCAUCAUCAGCUGGGGAGAUGGCUGUGGCAGAGCAAACAAGCCUGGAGUCUACACAAAGGUUUCCAGCUACGUGGACUGGAUCAACAACAUCAUAAAACCAAAAGCACUAUCCUAAAUCACCUUGGCCAGGUUUUGCAGUAAUUACUGUCUAAACUUUUGCUACCCCUAGAUACAAUAAAGAAAAAUAAAAUUGAAGAGAGGUAUUAUUUUCUGGAGUACUUUAUUGCUUUUCCUAAAGGGUAAAGUUGACACAAAAUAAAGAGAAUGCUGAGGGGAAUUCAGUGGUAAAAAAAAAUACCUUUUAAUACACAGUUACAAAUAUUAUCAAUUACAUUUAACCCUACAUAGUACUGAAGAUGAUUUCAAAUACAACAUUUAGGGUUUGCUUUUUGAGGUUAUUUGUUGUAGUACAUUUUUAGUUGAUAAACCACUUUCCAGUUUUUACUUUUAAGUUGUACCUAACUAUAUUGUAUACUAUAUCACUAGUACACUUCAUAUUCUAGUAUAUAUCUAUAAACUUUCAUCUUUUUGUAAAGAAAAAGCUGCUGUUUUCAGUACGUAAACAUGUAUGAACAAUUUAUACAUUUUUUUUUGUAUUCAAUAAUAAUGCAUUAUGAAAUUAUGAAUGUAUUUUACUUAACUGUAUGUCAAUUCAAUAGGCCGUGCAUUAAUUUGUUCAAAAGUAUGUUAGAAUAAUUAACAAUGAUUAAAAGUUAUUAGCCAGUAAGCAUAAUUUAAUCACAAUUAGUUCCUAUAUCACAGAACACUACGGUGGUCAUUGUGUAAGGGCAAGUGGUAACAGUUUAAAAAGUUAAUACUUCAUCCGUUUUGUUAUGUAUUGUAUGUUGAACUCUCGGUGCUUUUUCAAUCAUUUAAAGAUAAAUAAAUUGAGAAAACCCCUGA